AUGAUUGAAGAUCUAAUGAGGUUGUAUGAGGCGAACAAAUUAAAAAGUGGAUUAUGGAAAAGUGACAUUUUCGUCAGGGACAAACAGAACGUGGCUGCAGCGCUACGAAUUUUGCAACCUGAAGUCCGAGAAUGCUUGAGCGAGUGGAAUAAGGACCGCAGUCAAGCAAUUCGAGUUUACCUUAAAGUAGGACAUAACAUGCUACGUGCAUAUACAGAUGAAAAUCUCACUGUGAAAGAACGGUCAAAGCUUGCUUGGUCUUCAGUUUGCUUUGUCAGAUUAUGGAAAGCUUGGGUAGAGAUGUCAAAUUAUCCAAUAGAGUCCUCUUUUAUAUCCUUACAAACGUACAACGAUAUAGUGCUUGCGGGACACUCGCUUAUAUUGUCGAGAAAAUUAUUUUCGGAGUACUUCCCCGAUCAAUCUUUUAAUCCCUCUACGUUUGGUUCUGACAGUUGUGAAAGACUUUUUGCACGCUGUCGUGGGUUUUGUAAAGGAAAACAAAUUUUUGUAUGCUGGACAUGCUCGACAUUUGCGGCAGAAUAGCAAAACUCGAUGAGCUGAAACUUAAGGAGCCUCCAGUUGUUUCUCGCACAUCUUGGCCAGAGUUUGUGGAAGAUGAAAUCUUGAGCGGCAUCAAGGAGGCAGAAAAAGAAGUUCUGAAAACCAUCGAGGGACUAGGCAUGCUGCCACUUUUAGCUGCUGGUAACAUAUUAAGAUUAGAUGAUUCAGGGGACAUACUGUAUAUCAACCCAGGAAUAGAAGCCUUAGCUGAUAUACGUGACGGUCCUGAUGAAAGUGACACUAUAACCGUAGAAGAAUUGCUAGACGUGGAAAACGAUGUUCUAUGUUCUGCUGCUGAGACUAACGAACAUUGCUAUUCCUUUGCGCUAUCUGAUCUGGCAGCGUCCUCCAUCCCAAGGUCAAAUGCAUUUGACCGAGAAGAAGGAGGAGAGGAAAAUGGUGAUGUCGAUGACGAUGAUGACCCAAGGCAUUGCCAUCUUUUCCAGAAGGGUACCUGUAAAUACGCAAAUCCUGCCUUUAAAGCUCCAAAGACGACUCACUGGAUUGGUUGUGAUUAUCCAGGGUGCGACAACUGGUUCCACGAAUCAUGCUUAAAUCUCAAAUUCUCUACAGACUCAGAGAGAGAAACGUAUGCCUUUGUUUGUACAUCGCAUGGGAACGUAAAAGGGAUGGAACAAUAUAAGGACCUAGUUGCUGCGACGGCGUCAGAUAUUUCCAUGAUGGAGGAAGACGAGCAGAAUGAAGGCACGUUCCACUUGAAGAGACGAAGGAGAUUUAAUUACGGGGAGAAAACAUCAGCAGCUUCACAAUGUUCAGUUCCACCCAACUAUGUUGAGUAUGAUGGAGAAUUUUAUCACAUUGCGGAAUUUUUUUUUGUCUCUUCAGCAGGGAAAAGUGUAUAA